UGUCACACUGAGGUGAUUCCAGUUGAUCCUUAUGCAAAAAAAAAAAAAAAUUCCUGCUGCACAUUUUCCUGAGAAACCUUUCCUGUCUCUGCAGAUUUUUUGCCUGAUUGGUUACGUGCCCUCAGUCGUGCUCUUCACCUACGUGGUCUCCUUCACCUUCAAGAAAGUCCAGAACACAAAGGAAUUUUGGUCAUUUAUAUUUUCAGUGACUGCCUUGCUGUGCACAGUUGUCACUGAAGUGUCCUUUUUCCUGGACCAUUUCCUGGUAACCACCAUCCUGCAUUACGUCUUCUCCAUCUUCAUUCCUAUUUAUCCCCUCAUUGGCUGCCUGAUUUGUUUUAUAAAGGUCUCAUGGAAAGGCAAGAGUGAGAGUGGGGGCUACCGCGACCCCUGGGACCGGCUGCUGGUGGCAGUUCUGGCUCCCUACCUGCAGUGCCUGGUGUGGCUGCUCCUGCUGCGCUACUUGGAGCUGAAGAACGGAGGGAGGACGGUGAGGGAAGAUCCCUUCUUCAGGAAAUGCUUCAGCAAAGCCAAGCCCUGGAAGUUCCCCGAUGUCCCUCACGAGGAGAACGAGGAUGAGGAUGUGAGGGCGGAGCGGCUGCGAGUCAAGGAGAUCCUGAGCAGCCCCAGGAGUGGGGAGAUGCCAGCGAUCCUGGUCAGCAGCCUGCACAAAGAGUUUGAUGAGAGGAAGGAAUUCCUUCUGGGGAGAAAGAUAAAGAAGGUGGCCACCAAACACGUUUCCCUCUGCGUGAGGAAAGGAGAAAUCCUGGGUUUGUUGGGCCCCAAUGGAGCUGGGAAAAGCACAUUAAUUAAUAUGCUCGUUGGAGAGAUUGAGCCAACCAGUGGGCAGGUUCUGAUGGGAGGCGAUUCCUUGGGGCUGAGCAGUGAGGAUGGCUCGGUGAAAUUCGUGGGGUACUGUCCUCAAACGAAUCCUCUCUGGCCAGAUAUCACAUUGCAGGAGCACUUUGAGAUUUAUGGGGCCAUCAAGGGCAUGAGCCAGUCUGAUGUUACGGAAGUCAUCAAGCGCAUCGCCAGCGUGCUGGAUUUAAAGGACCACCUGCAGAAGACGACCAAGAAGUUGGGCAUGGGGCUGAAACGCAAGCUGUGCUUUGCCCUCAGCAUGCUGGGCAGCCCGCGGGUGACGCUGCUGGACGAGCCCUCCACCGGGAUGGAUCCCAAAGCCAAGCAGCACAUGUGGCGGGCAAUCCGAGCAGCCUUUAAAAACAAGGAGAGGGCGGCGAUCCUGACCACGCACUACAUGGAGGAGGCAGAUGCUGUCUGUGACCGUGUGGCCAUCCUGGUGUCAGGACAGCUCAGGUGUAUAGGUACUGUCCAGCACCUGAAGAGCAAGUUUGGCAGAGGGUACUUCCUGGAGAUGAAAUUAAGGGAAACUGCAGACGUGCAGCAGGUGGAGUAUCUGCAGAGGCAGAUUUUACACAUCUUCCCCAACGCCAACCGCCAGGAAAGUUUUGCUUCAAUCCUGGCGUAUAAAAUUCCUAAAGAAGACGUACAGUCGCUUUCACAUUCUUUUUCCAAGCUGGAGGAAGUUAAACACGCCUUCAACAUCGAGGACUACAGCUUUUCUCAAGCAACACUGGAACAGGUGUUUGUGGAGCUCGCUAAGGAGCAGGAGGAGGAGGAGAGCAGCUUUGGCACCCUGAACAGCAGCCUGUGGUGGGAGAGGACGCAGGAGGACCGAGUCAUUUUCUGAGCCCCUCGUGCUCCUGUCGCUGCCGGCGCCCGUCCUCUCUCUGCUCCUGGAGCUGGGCUGGGCAAGGACAGCUGGCUUUGGAAGCCCUGAGCGUGUCCCACCACCCUGGCCUUGGGAAUCACGCCGCAGGAGCGCUGAGCGUCCCCCUGCUCCUCGGGCUGACCCCAGUCCCUGCUCCCCCGGCUGCUCCCGCACCGUGUUGGGCACGAGGGCUCUGUCUGUGUCGGUGGCUGGUGCAGGAGCUCCCACCUGCCUUCCCUGGGCUCUGCCGGGCCCCAGGCUGGGCUGUCCUUCGGGAGAAUCCUGCCUGCGCAGAGCUGGUGGCCGCUGCCCCAUGGUUGCGGGGUCUGGGUGGGCACUGCCGCCCCUCCUGCGCGCCCAUCCCCGCUCCUCCGCCAGCUGAGACGCUCCUGCUUCUGCUUUGGAGAUGCACCUGCUUAGAAGAGAGGGGGAAACCGCUGCAAGGAGGGUCCUGAGCCGCGCCCCCAGCUCGGCUGGGCGUCCCCACAGCCUGGAAAUGUUCACCUGCCGAUCAGAGUGGCGCUUGGUGGCACUCCCCGUGCUCUCCCCUGCAGGCUGGCAGCUCUGUGCUGCCCUGUGGGGUUUGCCCCGCGUGCUGGGGGGCACAGGGGCUGGACAGAGUGGACGUGCUCCUUGCCCUGCUUGCUGGAAAGGGGUUUGCAGAGGUGUGGCUGUGCCUGGUCUGCGCUGAGAUCAGCCUGGCUCUUUCCCUGGCUGUGAGGACGCGUGUCCUGCCAGCUGCUCUCACACACACACACACACACACACACACACCGCUUUGGAGACGUUUGCGUUUCCCUUGCCAGUGCGUUCACGAGCUCCGGUGUUUCCCAGCCCCUCGUUGUUGUGGUUGCAGUCAGUGACAUGGGGCCCAGCCUGGCCACUUGUCACCCCCUGUGUCAAACCCCAAAUGAAUCUGUCCCAGUUCACAGCCUCACCCGUGAGAAAGGUGCCUUUGGUUUGCACAGAAGCACUAAGAAGAGAAGAAUGUGUGGUCCUUUAGCCUGAGAUAUGACAAAUGUGUGUUGAAAAUAUAUUAUUUUUUUGGUUUGUUUUUUCCUACGCAAAGCUACCAUCGCAUUUUUAGUUUUAUAAGGGGAAAUUAAAGAUUGCUCCCAGUUCAUUUUGCCCUGCAGUGAACAGAUACAGAGACGGGUUUCUGUUGAGAUGUUGGCUUUGUAAGUCAUGUCAUUUAUGUAUCUUCACCUUAAAGUUAGAAAAGAGCUUUGUUUUUCUUGAGAAAACUCAAAAACAAAAAUGGGUAAAGUUGGGUUUGUGCGUUCAGCUGUUUGUAAUUAUCAGGCAGUAGUGUGUGUGAUGUGUCUGAUAAUGGUUUAUCAGUGUGUUCAACCAAAAUCUGUUCCCAUUUGUUUCGUACACAGGGAGAUGGGAACUCCUUGUGCAGAAUUCCACUCCCUCUUUUGGACCCAUAGUUUGCAUACAAGUGCACAGCUUUGGGUUUGUAGUUAAAUUUGGAGCCCAAACCCUACACAAAGCCCUGGACGUCCCAUUUGCUUCCCCAGGGAUCCACAGCCCUGGAAAUGAGGGAUUAAAAGGACAGGGGUGAAACUUCCCUGUCAAAAAAGAAAAAAAAAAAAAAAAUCAGGUGUUUUAUUUAUUUAGCCCCAGCCCUGCUACUGGGAACUCUGAGCUUUGGCCUUUAUUUGCAGCAAUUUGGGACUCAGAAUUCUCUUGGCACUUUCCCAUGAGUGCAUUUUUCCCAAAUCCCACACUUUUUCGGUCUCUUUUUUUUGCCAGUGGUGUUUCAGCCAAGUGUCACCUGCCCAUCAAUCCAGCACAUUCUUGUCACGUGGAUUUAGGGAAUUACUGUGACCUGUGAGCAGCCUUGGUGUCUGCCUUGAAUUUGUUCUCUCACUUGGAGUUAAUAGUCUGUAAAAUAGUUCUGUGCUGUCUGUUUCGGGUAUUUCCAUAUUUCCUCACAUUUCAGAUGGGAAAAUUUUGGAUUAGAGGCCGGAUUAACUCGGUUUGGUGCUGUUGUUUAUCUUGGAGGAGCCCAGUGGAUGGUGGCACUGGGUUUUGUGCAGCUACAGAAAGGACAGAGAAUUUGGCUCAUUAAAUUAAUUCCCUCUUUGGGUGGGAUCAUUUUGGCCUGGUGGCAUUGUGUGGUGAAGUGGGAUAAAAUUCCACCCCAAAACAUCGCUGUCCUCAUAUCAGGAGUGUUUCAAAGUGUCCUGAGAUGUCUGCAAUUGCCAGAACAGGAAAAACCCAGGCAAAAUUAAACCAGGGUAAAAUUCUACCCCAAAACAUCGCUGUCCUUGUAUCAGAAGUGUUUCAAAGUGUUCGAAGAUGUCUGUAAUUUCCAGAACAGGAAAAACCCAGGCAAAAUUAAACCAGGGAAUGCCCUGGGAACGGCAGAGCUUUGUUCCUGGGAUUCGACGCCCCUUUGUUCAGCUGUUCUCAGUGACAUCCCAAAUCCCAUCCAUCCGACGCACACCCAGCCUGUGCUCUCAGAGAUAAACUGGAUUUGGGGGGAUUGGGGUGAAUCCAGGCAGCUGGGGUCAGCAUUCCCAGGUGAGGUGUUUGGAGCUGCCUUGCAGGGUUGCUGUGAGCAGCUGACGUGCCCAAAGCUUGGAGAUUGUUCAGUCUGUGGUUGUUGUUACAAGGUUGUAUUUUUCUAUGGAGAGUUUAAAGUGUCUGGUUUUAUGUUCCCAAGAAAAGUCCUUAUUUUCGAGUAUCUCUGUUUAGCAAGUGAGAUUUAUUGCACAGCCAGCAUCCAGAGCUCUGGCAGCAGGAGGUGCCAGGGCUGAGGGUGACACGUUUGUGACGCUCCUCCUGCUGUUGCAGUUCAUUUUACACACUUGCCUUUCUCUCACCACUUGGCUGUACUUGUAGAGGUGAGGAUUUUCCUUUCCCAGCAGGAAGGACUUCCGAAAUAAAGAUGGUUUGGGUUGUUAAA